AGGGGUAGAAGCUGGCAACUUCUGGUCGCACCUCUCAGACUCGGCACGAGCCCCAGCCAUGCACCCUUUCUAUACUAACACCGGAUGCCCCACUCGACCAGGGACCAGGGAGGAGGAGGAUGAUGAUUAUGAGAACUCGGCCCCACCCUACAAGGACCUUCCUCCCAAACCAGGUUCGAGGGCUCCACCACGACCUCCACGGGCAGGAAGGAAGACAGAGAACCCCCCGCUACCUAGCAAGUCCCCAAAAUUGACAGGCUUGGAGUUCACCCCUGUAACCCACACAUCUCCUGGUAUUGAUCUGGAGCCCCCCUCGUCCCAGCCAACCCUAACCUCUACUCCAGUGCCCUGGAUUGGUCAGAAGUCUGGGGGUCCCAGGUGCUACCAGGAAGAGAGAGUGAUGCCAUACCUGUGUAUGCUGGUGGUGACCUCACUGCUCCUGAGUUGCAUCGGUCUCACUGUGACCCUGGUUAAGUACCAGGAGGUGGUGGAAGAGCUGAGGAUGGUCACCUUGCAGCAGAAGGCGUGGCGAGCAAAUGUGACUGGCAUGGCGGGACUAGCUGGCCUGAAGAAGGACAUUGACCAUGUAAGAGGUGACAUGAAUCAAUCCCUGGUGGAGCUUCGGAGUUUGCUACACUGCACCAAGGUCACUUGUCCUGAUGGCUGGCUCCCUUUUGAGGGUAAAUGUUACUACUUCUCCAUAACCACUAAGUCGUGGGAUGGAGCCCGGACGUUCUGCCAGGAGAAUUACUCUCACUUGGUCAUCAUCAGUAGCCCUGCUGAGCAGAAUUUCGUGGCCAAGGUUCAUGGCUCUCCACGAGUGUUUUGGCUGGGACUGAGUGACAAGGACCAUGAAGGGGAUUGGAGAUGGUUGGAUGGGACUCCUGUCACAAUAAGCUUCUGGGACCCCCAGGAACCCAACAACUUGAACGAUGAGGACUGUGGGAGCAUAAAUGGCGGUGGCACCUGGAAUGACCUUUCUUGUUUCAAAACGACGUAUUGGAUUUGCGAGCGGAAAUGCUCCUGUUGAACCCCAGGACUGGAGCUGGGAGUCCUUCAGAGUGACCCUCAGGGUUGAAGAUGAGAUUCUCUUUCCUCUUCAGGAACGGACAUAGAGGUGUCUCAGAACAGGGUUAGUGGGACCAGCAGAUGGCGAAGUGAUUACAUCGCUGGACUCCCACAUGGCCAACUGCUGUUCGAAUCCUGGACCUGGUGGCUUGAAACUCAUGCUG